UUCUGGCAACAGUUCGUUACCAAGUAUUUGCUGCCAAUUUAUCCCACUCCUGAGGAGAAGGUAACUUGAACAUUUUAGCUUAUUGGCCUAUUUUAUUCUUGAAAGAAAUGUGUUUUAAAAUUUGCUUCAACAAGGAAGUGUAAUUUUCGGUUUAUCAAUGAAAUUAAUGACUAUUCUAUUACAUAUGACAUACACCAAAUUAUUGAAGCAAACAAACCUUAUAAGGCUUGGAAGAUCUGAUUUAUAACAUUUUCUUACAGAAAAAAAACACAGAUGGCCUGAGAGAUCUCAGGAACUCAUCAGCUUUUGGGUUAAUCAUUCUCAACCUUCUGUGGAUGGCCCUUAAUUUCAUGUUCCAGUAUACACAAGCUGGGCGUAUCUCUUUUGACUAUUCAUUUGGUGGCAAAACCUACCAAUUUGAGGUAAACUUGUUUUCUUUUGUGCUGGAGAUUUAGGAGUUUUCCCUACAAAUUUUACCUGUAACAAAUUUAAUGUUAAUAAAGUAAAUUCUCCACUUGGUAUUUUCAUGUCGGCAAACUGUUUCUGAUUAUAGCUUAACCAGUAAAAUGGAUUUGUUUGUUCCAGCUACCAGGAAAGUAUCCUCGGCUUUGCCUUUGUGGCUCUUCUGUUACUGCUUUUGAUCUUACAAAUGAUUGGAAUGUUGAUGCACCGCAUGAGCACAUUACAGCACCUUCUGGCCAUCACAGAGAUUAGAAUAAGGUAGGACCCCAAGAAAUGUUGCCAGUAUGGCAAUUCCUAAAUGUUAUUCAUUAACAAAGCAAAUUUUAUUUAUUUGUUAUUCAAUUUUAAAUCUGCUUAAAUUUUUAUGUAAUAAACUGUUGAUGCUACUGAAAAUAUAAUUUUAAAAAAUGGCUCUAGACUCUUAGAUGAACUUUCAUAACAACUUUUUUUUUUUUUUACUAAUCAAGGAAUUUUAUUUUAGUGUUUUUCUGGCCAUGAAACUUCAUCAUUUCAAAUAAAUUUUUAAAAAAACUAAAUUUUUUAAGCAGAAAGAAUUGCAAGGGUUUUUGUGAUCUUUACCUGGAAGCUGAACAAAAAUUCAAACAAUUCUUUUUAAACAUGAAUAAUUGUUUAUUUCUUUCAUUUUACUAAAUUUCAUUCUGUGUCCUCAAAAGAUUUAAAUAUCACUGCAUAACUUUUUAUCUGAUAGGAAAGGUAAAAGGAAAGAUGCAUCUGUGGCACGAAACAGAGAAGAUGCCAUCAGGCAAAUCAAAGCAGUUUUGCAGAUUCCUUCCAUGAUUGAUAAUGGUGCUUUCACUACACCACCAGCUAUAGCUGAGAAAAACAAUAAACUUGGGGUCACUUUUAUCGGGGCAUCAAAUAAAGGAUCAGUUGGACUAGGUUAGUUUUUCUGAGGCAAUAAGGGAAUGAAAGUUAAUUGUAUUAAAAGGGGAAAGUGUGCAAGGGGCUUUUAGGGGACUUUAGGAAUAAGAGUGGUACUUUUAUUUUCACUCAUUAUUUUAAAGUUACACCCUAAAAUUAUGAAAAUUUCUUGAGUAGCAUACAUUUUGUAGACUCAAACACAAGCUAUACCAUAUAGAAGGACCUCCUUUUGUGAUAACGGCUGUCCUUUUUAUCAGGCUGAUCUAUACUCACAGUUGGAAACUUCAGCCUUUUGUUUGCUAACAAACUGAAGAAAAACGGCAGAUAUAUUCAUUUAAAAGAAAACACUUUAAAAUAACAAUUAAAAACAAAGUUACCGCUUAAGGCCAACCAUUAAAAAUAAAUCUGUGUUCAUAUCAACAGGCAAAGUGACCAAUGAUGAAAGGUUCACCAAUGAACUGGGAAAGUCUUUGAAACAUUUUGGAAAUAUAAGGAAUUCCUCUAAAGAGGUCGUGCUGGACAGGAGGAAUAAGGAAAUCUUGUCAAGUGCACGGCAGCGUAUGAUGGGUGGUACAGUCAAGCAGAAGUGAGUUGUUUAUUCAUUCCUAUUCUUAUUCUGUCCAAUUUUUACUAGGGGGAGGCAUUGCAGGGAGGUGCAGUUGGCUGCAUCCCAGAAGGUUUGAGGCCUGCUGAAGGUUUAUAUUAACUUUGAGGGUGUCCUUACCACAUCCCAUAUGCCAAUGGUGUGGUCUUCUUCUGGUUCCAAAACCGGAGGGCCUGUGUUGUAAGCUUGUAAUCCAGGCUGAUUGACAGGUAUUCUGACCAGAUGACUAAAUUAAUUAAUUCAUUGUAGGGCCAUUUACUCGCUGACUUUUGUGGCACCAACCAUUUGUCUUAUAUCCUGAUUCCGAAUGUGGUCCCUUCUCCUUUUACCAGUUGACAUCUCAUCUCACAGUGGAAGAUUCAUUUCCUCAAGAGUGGUAUGCAUAGUCCAGUUCUCGUGUCUGUUAUGACAUGUAACAAGUGCUUCUAAUCAGACUGCUGCAUGUUUGAUUUAAUUUUCAGCAUUCAUUAUUUUAUCAACCAUGUUUGAGCUUAUUGAAAUGUAUCUGAGACAGCAGACUUAAUGGUUGCAGCUUAGUUUUCAGUAGAUUUUCAAAAGAUAAUUUGUUUGCAUCUCCAUCUAUAUUUUUUAAGAAAUUGUAAAAAGGGAAAAACUAUUUUUCCACUUUCAGGAUUGAUGAGAUUGACCCAGACCUGGCUAAAUCAUUCAGACCUUUGCUGCCUCCUCGCGGCAGCAAGAACAACCCACCCUGUUUUAUGCAGGCUAACAACUUUGGAUUCACUACCAAAGAGCUACAUGAUGCAAACUUAUCCACCUUGAAUUUGAUAGACUCUUCAGAGCGAGCACGUGACUUUGAAGGUGUGGGCGCUAUGGGUAGAACUCUGCUACAGAAAACUAAAAUCAUCAAUGAAGUAGCUGAUUCAUUUAGCACUGGUUCUUCAUCCUUACAUUGGACUCAUUCAGAUGUUGGCGGCCGGAAGAGACCCUCUUACACCAGGAAUAACAAUUUUCAUAGUCGGUCAGUUCGGUUGUAACUUAACUGUAUUUAUGUUAAUGUUUGUCUUACUCCAGGCUUGUUUACAGAAACCCAUUUGCAAUGGAAGUGAUCUGCUUAAUGGAAUCUUUGAGAAUGGAUAGGCAUCAUUUUUAAAUUUAGAAAUUUUUAUUUCAUUUUAUAACAUCUGUAUGUCAUGAAUAGGGCAAAAUAGGAAAGACACUACCAAACAGAAUCUUUCAAAAGAAGGGGAAACAAAUCUACUACAUGGAUUUACCAAAUGAUUUGCCUUUUACCAGAUCCCAAUUUAAAUUUCUCCAUCCCUCAUCUGUCCAACAACAAGGCUUUCAUCCAUUUAUAGAAUUUUGACGACCCUCUAUAUUUAACAACAAAAUUAUAGAUAAAGUAAUAUUUGUUCGUAAUAGAUUUAUUUUAAGACUAUGUAAAUUAUUUCAGCAACAACUUGUUAAACUCAAAACAUAUUGUGUUGAGAAGUAAACAUUAAUUUGUAAUCAUAUGAAAUGGAACUGACAUUUUAAGAAAAUGUAAUAAUAUUUGAGACAUAUUCUAUAAGAAGCUUAAAAAAUCUUAUUUGAUUUACUUAAAAAUUUGUACGUAUCUAAAAAUUUCCAAAUAUUUUUUUGUAUGUUAAAAGAGCAUAUAGUUUAUUUCACUUUUGGUAAUGAAAGAAAACGUGAUUUUCAAAAAAAAAAAAAGGAUAUUGAACUUUAUGUAAAUGUAAAAUUUGAGGAAGAGAGUGAGUAUGUGUUUGUGUUUAAGUCUGUUAAAUAUCUUAUUCUUUGUUGGUCCUAUACUGUGUUGCUCACAUUUUAAAAAUUAAUUUACGCAUUCAUCCACCUGUAUUACAGCAUUCUCAAGUCUUUUGUCCAAUUUUUCAUGACUCUUACUAAGUCUUCAAGAAUUUCACUGGUUCUUCUUUCCAUUUGGAGCAUCAGCUUUGUAAUGCUAUGGCAAGCUAAGGAUGAGCCCUGUGCUUUCUGUUAACAGUUACUGUCAUUACAAGCUCUGUCUUCUCUCAUACUCAGGACUUCUUCAUUUUCUGUUAGAUCAAAGUAUCUAACCCUCAUUAUCCCAAAUUAGAAACAGUUGCACACAAUAGAGGAAACAGUUGCACACAAUAGAGGAAAUAGUUGCACACAAUAGAGGAAACAGUUGCUCACUUUUUGCUCCAAGUUUGUUCAACCAAGGAAAAAUGUGUCCAUAGAUAUCUAAACACAGCUGUGGUGUUCGAUGCCCAGUAAUGGGCAGUUUUUCUAAUCAGAUGAACUCGAAACAGGAGUGGGGCAUGAUGCUAAACCAGUCAUAGACUAUUUUAACAUUUUUAACCACAUACAUUUUUCCCAUAUCUGUGUUACUGUAUAGUUUUUUUAUAUAUCAGAUUUCAGAUGUUAAUUGUUCAUAUGAUUAUUAUAAAUCAAUUUUAAAAUAUUUCUUGAUCUGUAUUAAAAUGUUAGAGUAUUUAUGCUUAUUUGUUGAGCUAUGCAUGAACUCUAUUUCUGCAAAUGUGUGAACUUGAAAUGGGAUGUGAAUAUUGUUUAUUUUUAAAAUUAAGAAAUAAAAUUAGGUU